GAUUUGCUCCACUCCUCUUGGAGAGACGUCAGUGGAAAGAAACUGUCAGGGCUGAAACAAUAUGAGUCUAAGAAGUGUCUAUUGCUCCUCUAGUUUUAUUCUUUCAAUUUUAAUUAUUUGUUGUGUUUGGAGUGUAAAUGGGGACUACUGUGAGGUGAACUUUUGCCACAAUGGCGGGACAUGUGUGACUGGCGUAGGAGACGACCCGUUUAUCUGUAUCUGCGCUGAAGGAUUUGGAGGAGACACCUGUGCUUCAAAAGAGAGUGGUCCAUGCAUCCCUAACCCGUGUAAAAAUGAUGGCGAGUGUGAGGUGAUUGCAAACUCCAGACGAGGAGACGUUUUUAAUACCUACACUUGCAAAUGCCAGGCUGGCUUUGUGGGCGUCAACUGCCAAAUAAAUGUGAAUGAUUGUGAUAACCAGCCUUGUAAGAAUAAAGGCGUUUGUCGUGACCUGGAUGGAGACUUCACAUGCCAGUGCCCUUCUCCCUAUGUAGGGAAGCAAUGCCAGCUAAGCUGCAUCUCUUUGUUAGGAAUGGAGGCAGGGGGAAUUGUAGAAUCCCAGAUCUCUGCCUCCUCGGUGCACUUUGGCAUUCUUGGAUUGCAGCGCUGGGGGCCCGAGCUCGCCCGCCUUAACAACCAGGGUUUCGUCAACGCCUGGAGUUCAGACCCCCAUGACAAGCACCCCUGGCUUGAGAUUAAUCUACAGAACAAGAUGCGUCUUACGGGCAUCAUCACACAGGGUGCCAGCCGUCUGGGCACAUCUGAGUUCAUCAAGUCCUUCAAGGUGGCAUCCAGCUUUGAUGGCAAAAUAUUCACACUGUACAGAGCUCCAGGUCAGAGGAAAGACAAGGUGUUUAUUGGGAACACCGAUAAUGACGGCACCAAGACGAACCUGUUUGACCCACCGAUUGUGGCUCAGUAUAUUCGCAUCAUCCCUGUGGUGUGCCGCAAAGCGUGCACACUGCGUCUGGAGCUGGUUGGCUGUGAACUGAACAUCUACUCCAAUGCUGUAGGCUGCUCAGAGUCCCUGGGUAUGAAGUCUCGUCUUAUCACAGACAACCAGCUGUCGGCUUCCAGCGCUUUCCGCACCUGGGGCAUAGAUGCGUUUACAUGGCUUCCACACUAUGCUCGCCUGGACAAGCAGGGCAAAACCAACGCCUGGUCCCCAGCCAGCAACAACCGCACUGAGUGGCUUCAGUUGGACUUGGAGAAGCCUAAAAGAAUCACAGGCAUCGUUACUCAGGGAGCGAAAGACUUUGGUGUUGUACAGUUUGUAUCUGCCUUUAAGAUUGCAUACAGUGACGAUGGUGAGUCAUGGAGCAUUGUAAAAGAUGCAACCAACAAAACAGAUAAGAUUUUCCAAGGCAACAUUGACAACAAUACACACAAAAAGAACUUGUUUGAGCCACCUUUCUUUGCUCGUUUUGUGCGCUUCCUGCCUUGGGAGUGGCAUGAACGCAUCACUUUAAGGAUGGAGCUUCUGGGCUGUGAUGCUUAGAAAUCAUGAAGAGGAACAUGACACGCUUAACUUCAUCAUACAUAUAAGCAGUCAGAGUGGGUUAAUGGUUCAGCUACAGUAGGAAUAUAGAAUAAAUUGUACUGACUCCAUUGUCUGGUUGAUAAACUAUAGAAAGAUAAAAAUCUUGUAAUUUGUCUGUAACUGUUGCUAAUAUGCCUAGAUUAAAACUUGCACUUUUUAUGAAUUUUAUAUUGUAUGAUUUUAGCAAUAUUAAUGUAUUCAUUCUGUAUAGUACAUGAAUGCGUUAACCAGUUUUACAUGGAUGCAUUGUGUUCCCCAGUAAUCAGCCUGAUGUCAAUGAUGUGUUUUAGCUUCUGAUUUUGGAUGAAGACUAUCCGUAGUCAGGGAUUGUGCAAUAAAUUAAUAUAAAGCAUAAACACUUAAAAAAGAAAAAUGGUCUAGAAAUUAUGGCAUUUCAAUAUGAACAUAAUUUUGUUUAAAUAGAAAAGCGUUCCAAUAUUACACUACACUUAAUUUGGCUCUGCAUGCAUUUUUAGCACAAUUUCUGAUCUCUCAUUCAUUGUACUUUGUUUAUACAGUAUUUACAGUUUCAACAACCAAAUUCAUACAGUGUCAUUUUUUUUUUUACUUUUUAUAAAAUAAACUGUAUGCUUUUCAAUAACAGCCCUUUUUAAUAAAU